UACUACACGCACGUCAGUUUACAUAUUAAACCGGAGAAAAGGUCCUUAAACUGAGGAACACUUCAGCAUGCGCACUGAGAAUAGCCUUUGCUAAACAUUUCACAAAGCUGAGGAUCAGCGAUAAUUUCAUAGUUACUCUAAUGCCGCAUUUGACAAGAUAUACACAUAUAUGAAGCAGCUACCUAAAAUAUAUACAUUACAAUCAUAUUUAAAUAAUUCAUGGUAGAAAAGCUGUAAACGCCAUGUAGAUAAAUUAUCAACAACAAAUAUGGCCGCAUGUUUCGUCUAUCUUCGUGUCCCGGAGAAACGCGAAUCUCUAAGUCUCCUCCUACCGCGCCGCAUGUAAACAAGGUCAAACAUAAAUUGCCGCAGACAACGCCGUGUCCCGUUCGAAGGACAAUAACCAAAAAGAUCAACCGACGUAUUCUGCACCAGCUGCAAAGAGCCCAGCGGACGAGGAGCAGAAUGGAGUGCCUGCGGUUCCUCGUCGAGCCGGCCAAAGAACUCACGAUCCGGCUGAAGGACUCUCGUGGGAAGGCAGAGAAAGUGAAGAAAGAGUCAUUGGUGGAGAGCCAGUUAUUUAUCAUGGAAUUGGCCAGAGAGCUUAGCCGCCUCUGCCAGCGGGCAGAGGUUCUGGGACACAUCUGGAAUGGGGAGGACGUCUGGCCCCCCCAGGUGUGCCAGGCCUUCAUCCUGGACUGGGCCUCACAGCUGGAGAGCCAGAUGACGGGCUGCCCAGACAAGCAUGACCAGGGCGAGCCGCAGGGGCACUGGAGCGAGGAGGACGUGGAGCGGGCACAGGGCACCGUCACGGCGUGGAGCAGGGGACUGAGGAGCCGGCCUGAGCUCAGCGUGUGGCCGGGGGAGUCGGUGGUUGUGACUCUAGAUGACCUGGAGGCCCAGUGGAAGAGGGGGAGGAUGCCGAACCUGCAGUCUGCCAUGGAGCUGGUCAUAUGGGCCGUGCUGACUGAGGGACUGGACAAGGAAGCUGUCCCUCGGCUGUGGCUCACCAGGAAGCAGAGACGACAGAAAAUUGCGGCUGCCCAAUACAUCCCCCACACAGUGUGGAACUGGAUCUGUGAAGCAUCAGUGGAGGUGACCCUUGACCUGGACACAGCGAACCCCGACCUGCUGAUCUCUCCGGGUGAGAAGAGGAUGCGCUGUGGCUUCGAGAGGAAGGACGUGCCCAACUUCCACGGGCGCUUCGACGGGUGGUGGUGCGCGGUGGGCGUGGGGGGCCUCCGGUCGGGGCGACACUAUUGGGAGGUGGAGGUGGGCGAGAGGGACUGGCGUUUGGGCGUGGCCAAGGAGUCGGCCCUGAGGAAGGGCUUCAAGUCCCUGAACACGGACACGGGGUACCUGACCCUACGCCUGGAGAGGGGCAGCGAGCUCAAGGCCCUGACCGUGCCCUACACCCCCCUGCCCUCCGCCCUCAUCCCCCGCAAGGUGGGCGUGUACCUGGACUGCGAGGAGGGCCAGCUGUCCUUCUACGACGCGGAGAAGCGCUCGCACAUCUACACCUACAACGAGGCCUUCGGCGAGGCCCUCUACCCGCUCUUCGGCACGGUGGAGAUCGUCAGGGACCUGGUCAUCAAGCCCGUGGGCGUCAGGGACCGCCCCUGCUGCUCCACGCUGUGUCUGCGCGCCUGAGCGCCCCCUACUGGCCACCUUCUCCAGUGCAACCGCACAGCGAUCCAGCCAGGCCUGUGCUCACCGCGGGGGAGAGGCUGGAGGUCCACUGCUGUAAAGACCCAUCAUUCUUUAAGCGUAGCUGCCCAACUGUCACUGCUACCUCCCUGUAUCUCCUUCAGCUCCUCGCUCAGUACAAUCCGGUAUAAGCUAGCUCAUACUGUACUUCUGCACAUGACUAAAAGACAUCACUGUUCCAUUGUUUUUGACUUGUGCAAGUCUAAUCCUGCAAUCAUGAUGCACUUUACGUGGUUAAUAAAUUGACCAGAUUGAAUGUGA